AUGACUGAGGAACUGAGUUCUGUUCUUAUUGGAAUUGGUGCAUGUAAAUCAUUAAAAGAAGCUACUGAAAAAUUUUCAAAUGUACUCAAAUCUCUCCGUCAAUCUCCGGAUAAUUUAUUAUCGGACAUAACUACAAUUGCUAAUACAAGAUGUGUUACCAGUUCUGAUAUGCAAAAGUGGACAACGGGUCUACGGAGUGAUUAUAAACUAGAUAUCUAUAUGCGAAUAGCUGAAUACUGUUUGAAAACUCAUCAGAUUCAUGAAGCUGAGAUUUUUGUUAAUCGUGCGUCUUUAUUGCAACUAGAAUGCCAGAAUCAACAACUGUUGAUCCGUUAUAAGAAAGCAUAUGCUCUUUUACUAGAUUUGAAACAAAAAUUUAUCGAAGCUGGUCACCGUUAUGCUGAGCUGUCUAUACGAUUCCCUUGCUUAGAUGACUCAGAGCGCUUAGACUUUCUGGAACGUGCAUUGGCAGCUGCUUUGCUCUCUGGAGCGAGUCAACAACGUGCUAGACUUUUAGCCACACUAUAUAAAGACGAACGGUGCCAGACAUUUGAUGCUUACCCCGUCUUAGAAAAUAUGUUGUGGUAA